AUGACUCUCGACACCGCCAACAUGGAGACCAUGGUUGAGUUUGGACCGAGUAACUUUAUUGAUACAUUCCUCCGCAGGGUCAAUGGGAAUUCCUGGAUUCUCGGGGGAAAGCUCCUACUCUCACGAGUGAACGAACCCUCUGAGGGUAUCACUUCAUGGAGCUCGGGAGACGGUGAUUACUACACCCUCUCUACAGCCCCAUCCACUGUACCCCCGAGCCCCGACGUGCAAUCGCAGUUUCCCGAGGAGAAAUCGAUUUUUGUGAUCGCAGAUUAUGGUGAGUGGAGGGUGCUUUGGCGUGUUGGCGAGGCUUAUCUUCAAAUCACACGAGUAAAUCCUCCAGAGGAUCUUGUAAACGAGUUUGCGACAACGGAAUUUAUUGAAGAAGAAGAGCGAAAAGAUGGCCCUUUGGGCUUCAAGACUCCGAAUCUUCUCCACUAUUCGGAAUUCGAAAACCGAGAGUACUUUCUUUUUGAGAAACUUCCAGGUGAUCGUUUGGCAGAUGUGUGGCAUACACUGGGACCAAAGGAAAAGCAAUAUUAUGCCGAACAAACAACCAAUAUCGUCAAGAGAUUCCCAAAGCGGUAUGGAAGGUUUUGUGAUCUCACACCUUACAGCAUUGUUGUAAAUGGGACGGACAAGCCAAUUGGUGUCUGCAACUUCGGCACCUACGAAACCACGGACACGGCGUUCAAGCAACAUCGGCUUGGCACCCAAGCAAGGAUGGAAUUUAUGGCAAAGUUGCAAAAGGAACAAACAGAGUGGAGAGCCCUGCUCCAUAAGCACAUGGCGGAGGACGGAUUCGGGGGAUCACUGGGAGAGGUGUAG